AUGAGGCCUGCAAGCAACUCUAGUGCACCUGCUGUUCAUGCAGGCUAUCAAGAUAGGAAUUCUCCAAUCCCGUACCUCUUUGCUAGUCUAGCUUUAAUGUUAGGACUCAUUGCUAUGUCAUUGAUAAUUCUAGCUUGCUCUUAUAGAAAAUCAUCUUCCGAUUCGUCUAGUGAUCCUGAGGCUCAAGAAAAAUCUGUUAAACAAGUUGAUGAGAUGAAAGCAGAAAUGGAGCCAAAGAUCGUUGUCAUUAUGGCUGGUGAUGAUAACCCUACAUAUUUGGCCAACCCAGUUUCUUGCAAUUGCCAGAGUGAUGAACAAGUUUAA